AUGGGGAGAUCUGAAGCAGCAAGUUCACAGAAACCAGCAGUUUACAAGAAAACCAACAUGGGAAGAUCAAGAAGAGGCUGCAUGAAAGGCAAAGGCGGUCCAGAGAAUGCUACGUGCACUUACAAAGGCGUCAGGCAGCAAACUUGGGGUAAAUGGGUGGCUGAAAUCCGAGAGCCGAACGGCGGCGCCCGGAUUUGGCUUGGACCGUUCAACACUUCUCUUGAAGUGGCGCUGGCUUAUGAUGAAGCCGGGCGGAAACUCUAUGGCCCUGCGGCAAACGUUAACUUCCCAUACAACUGUCCUAGUGCUUCAGUUUUUGGCUAUGUUGGGAGGAGUUUAUUUGUUGGGGAUUCUGGACGUUUGAGUGGGAUUUCGGAGGAUGGUUUUGUGGAGGGGAGUUCGUUUUCUGGGUGGAUUGAUGGUGAAGAAAAUGUGUGUUGGCCGCAGUUGCUGGAGGUGAAUGAUACUGGAUUUUCGAUGAGUGAUUUGUUGGGUGGAGAAGAUUUGAAGGAGUGGUAA